AUGUCUGAUAACGACAGCAACAGUGGUCAGGGUGGCACCAGCUUGCCCGCCGCCUCCAAUGCAGCCCCUACUAAGAUGCAGCUGAGUGACCGCGAGCAGGAGAUUCUCUCGAAAGCCUGGAGCUGCAUGAAAGUCCAGCCGGAGAUCGACCACGUCCGCCUCGCUGCUGCCACCGGUAUGACCAACCCACGUUCCGCCGCCAAUGCCUGGGGCGCCCUCAAGAAGAAACUGUUCGUCGGAACCGCCGCUGCAACUCCUAUCAAGGCUCGUGCGGCUGCCGCUGCCAACAACGAGGGCGGCGAUUCAGAGAAGAAGCGCAAGCGUGCCACUCCCAAAAAGAAGGUUAUGGCUGAGGGCGACGAAGAUGAUGGCGAUGCUGCCCCCAUCGAGACCCCGAUCAAGAAGAAGCGCGCUCCUGCCAAUAAAAAGGCUUCUGUUAAACCUGCUGCCAACGAGGCUCCUGUCUCUGCCAACGCUGCCGUUACCGAUUCAGAGGCUACUCUUGCAGACAUGGAUGAGGGUGAGGCCAAGGUUGAGCAUCAGAGUGGGGAUGAGCUCUAG